AUGCGUCCAAUCAUUCAAACAGUGUUUGCUGCGCUUCUAUUUCUGAAUAGUAUGCCGAGAAACGCUGGUUUUCCUAGUGUUCCUGGUUUUUCUGGUUUUCCUGAAUUACACGAUGGUGAAAACUAUGAUGAUUUAAUUGCUUCAGAGCGACAGAUUGACGAUGACGACUACGAUCAAAUUUACAAGGAGUUUCAAGAACUUCUUAGUCAUUUAAAAGAAGAUGAUCAACAAAGUGUCUACACUAUCAUUCAAAUGACUGGAUUGAUUGAAAGUCAUUCAUGCAUAAAAGAUGAAGAAACACGAAAAAAUCUCGGGGGUGUUAUCUACAAUACUUAUGUGGAAUUGUAUCCCACAAUCCAAGUUCAAUAUGAUGAAUUACUCGAUAAAAUAGAUAAAGUUGAUCAAGUACUCUUGAAGAAGCUGGUUGAUAGAACAAAAACAACGGCAUUGGAAACGUGUAAAAUGCGAUUCAGUGAUGAAUAA